AUGUCGUCAUCAUCGCCUGUAUCCGGCUGUGGGAGUUCAUCCAUGCGGUUGACCGCCAGGGGCUUCCUAGAGAAGCAGGGAGAUGACUUUAGAGGGACCUCCUCAGUGUCGGACGAAGGCCCACAGUGUAAUGUAAGGACAGCUACACCAGCCGCAAAGAGGCCGAACAAUCAAGGGGCACUGCGGCCUCACGGUACGAGUUCGCUGGGUUCCGGUGACAGCAGCGGCGCUUGGAGGAGUACUAUCGAGGACAGAUUUGGCGAUAUGGUGGAGUCAGACUAUGACGAUGUACUCUCUGACAAGCAUUUCAUGGCGCGUGGUAAAUUGCUGAUCAUAUGCCCUCAGGAAUCCGACGAUGGAAGCGUUUCUUCCAGUUCAUACGCUGACUCUUCGGAUGUCGAUGAACUGAGUAGCCUCAGAGACGAGCUACGUGUCGGCCUCUCAGUGAAGCGACUAGAGACUCAACUGAAGGCCCUCAGGGUGAGUCAGACCCCUUCGUCGGGCAGUACUAGUUUUAAUAAAAUACCCAGCCUGAAUAUCGCUGGUGCUGGUGCUGGCCUUGGAUACGCUACUGGUCAGGCGAUGAGACUCAGCGACUUGCACUUCUGUACCUUCUUAGUUGACCCUCUGCCGGACCGCGCUACCAUUCUUUUGGCUAGUCUCGAGAUGUGCUCAGCUCUGCGAUGCAAGCACUCCGAAAUUACUAAUUAUCCUUUUGCGAAGCUCCAUAGGCGACGGUUGGACCACGAAAUCAUACGUAAAUUCGUAUUGAAGUGCCGCAGCAGGCAGAAGUAUCUGGAAAUGUCCGACUCGAGUACGAAUCCCAGCGGAGACACCAGCAUCACUUUAGUAACUGAGGUCAACCGCUUCGAUGAUCCUUCUCAAACGCUGGAGGUCCUUUUGCAUGGUGUGGCUCUGCCUAUGUCCGAGCGACUUUAUCUUCUGUUCUUCGCGGCUGAUCUGUCACAAGCAGCCCCGCCAUUAAGGAGGAGAUUGGAGGUCCUUCGUGUGGAUGCUCCGGGGGAUGGAGGGGACUCGGAGGAGCUCACCCGGCAGAGAGAAGUUGUCACUAUGGUGGUUAGUCAGUUGAUUAACCGUUUGCAAGAGGAGGGGUUUGCUGAGGCGCAGCUACUGCAGGUUAUCCAAUAG